AUGGUUUACAUCUGCCUUGUUGAAGGCUGCACCAACUGCUCAAAUAACCCAGAUUGCUACUAUUUAUCAUGGCACAGGCCACCUCAUGAUGAGGCACUAUAUCGUUUUUUUAAAAUACAUGAAAAACCAGCUGCACACUUAAGAAUUUGCAGUGAAUGCCUGAGUAAAGUACCAGCACCUAAACACAGAAAACCACCAUCAAAUAGAUUAGAAAUCAGUCACAAGAGAGUAAGACUGACGAGGGAAGAGAUGCGUCAAGCAGUAGCUCAUGACCACACAUACGCAUUGAGUCCUCCAAGCUCCACUUCAUCAUUCUUAAGUUCAGUUCAAACGAGGGAUGAACCUGCAUUAGCACUAUCAGAAGCAGUUCAUACAUCUAGUGUAGCAUCGUUUGGUAUUGAAGCAUUUAUGGAUGAUGACAGUGCCAUUCACUUUUACACAUCAUUCCCAACAUAUGCUCACUUCAUAAUAUGCUACAAUUUCCUUGGGGAUGCAGUCCAUCAUAUCAUAUAUCCAGGCUCAUCAGUUGAUCCAUCAUCAAAAACAAGAAUGAAAAGUCAACGUGCAAUUUCUCCACAAAACGAAUUCUUUUUGACACUCUGCCGUUUGAGGUGUGGCAUGAUGGAACAGGAUUUGGCAUAUAGAUUCAAAAUAUCUCAGUCGACUGUGUCUAGAAUUUUUACAGCAUGGGUGAACUUUCUUUACUAUAAGUUUAAGGAGAUUCCGAUUUGGCCAACGCAAGCACAAGUUCAAUCAUUGAUACCUGAGCAGUUUAAGUCACAUUAUUCUUCCACACGUAUCAUAAUUGACGCAACAGAGGUGUUCAUUCAAAGACCCAGCAAUCCUCAUGCUCAACAAUUAACAUUCAGCUCUUAUAAAAAUCAUAAUACAGCUAAAGCUCUAGCCGGUAUUACCCCAUCUGGUGCAUUUUCAUUUAUCUCUCCACUAUAUGGCGGAUCUAUUUCUGAUCGUGAAUUAUUUCUCAAUUCUGGUCUGCUGGAGAUACUUGAAGAGGGUGAUGCUGUCAUGGCUGACAAGGGAUUCAACAUCGCUGAUGUACUUGAAAAGAAAGGAAUAACAUUGAACAUCCCUCCAAGAAAACACGGUGAUCAAUUAGGUGAUAGAGAGCUCAUUGAAACACGCAGGAUAGCAUCACUACGCAUACACAUAGAAAGAGCAUUUAGUAGAGUAAAGGCUUUUAAAAUGUUAACUAACAUACCCAACAAUAUGGCAGGGUUAGCCUCAGAACUCUUCUUUGUGUGUGCAAUAUUAACUAAUUUUCACCCUCCACUCUGUACCAAGAACAGCCAAUAA